GGUUAGUUUCAAUUUUAAACAAAUAAUAUUGGGAAAUUGCGUAAAACUUUUUGAAACUUUUAGCUUUUUCCACCAUUUCAACAUGUCUAUUGACAGUUUCUGUCCCUACAGACUCUACCCCAUCAACCAAGCUUAACCAAACGCUCUUCUUCUCGUUCUUCUAUUUCAUGUCACUCGUUAACCAAACCUCAUUCUUUCUCUGAGCCAUUUCUUCUUCAUGGGUUGUUCUUUUUUCGCUUGCUUUGGUUCCUCUAAGCACAAAAAACUCACCCCCAAUGUUCAAGAAAAUGGUAGUAGCGAGCCACAUCAACAAAGUGUAGUAAAACCUUUACCUUUGCUUCAGGUUCAGGUUCAGGUUCACUCCCAAAGUGAAACCCUUGUUAGCCCUUCACUACAACAACUCCAGGAUAAAACUGAAGAGGAACUAAGUGGUGGCUUUAAAAAGAAAGUGACUUUUGAUUCCAAUGUGAAAACAUAUGAAUCUGUUUUGCCUGAGAAGGAUGCUGAAGGUGUUUUGCCUGAGAAGGAUGCUGAAGAAGGUGGAAAGGAAGAAAGUUCGGCUAAAGCAACUCAAUCAAAGUCAUUUUCUUCUGAAGAUAGUUCUGUCACUUCAACUGGAUCUUACCCUUCUAAUCAUAGGUACCAGAAUUGCAGGGAUAGUGAUGAGGAAGAUGAAGAAAUUGAUGACUGGGUUGAUGAUCUUAGUGAUGAGGAUGAGGAUGAUGGAGUUAGAGAAGAGUGUGAUGAAUUGGGUGUGGAGUUGGAAGAAGAUGAUAUGGCUUAUUCAAAGUCGAGGGUGAUAGAUGAUGUUGAUCAUGUGUUUUCUGAGGAGGUGGAGAGUCCUAUUCCUAUUUGUGAAAAGGAUGUGGAGGCUAUUGGAUUCAACCCUAAUGCUAGAGACAGAAGUGGUUAUGUUCAUCCUGUGUUGAACCCGGUUGAAAAUCUCUCUCAGUGGAAAGCUGUUAAGGCUAGAAGGAGACCAACAUUAAGGCCUCAGAAAGAGAAUUAUGUUUGUUCCAACCCUGAAUCACAGGUUGCAUUUGGUGUUAAGGAAGUCUCAGAAUCCGACACACCAAAGAAGUCGAACACGGAAAUUGCAGUUGAUGCUAGCCUUUCAAAUUGGCUUGGUGCAUCAGAGACUACACCGGUUAACAAGACUACUUUGCAUGCUGGUGGUAGUUUUGGUACUCAUGAUAGGAGCAGCUCACAUCAAGGAUCAAAUUCUGUGAUGAGCCUCGAAGAUAGGCCUAUUUUAGGUGCUUUAACGGAGGAAGAGAUUAAGCAAUUCUCCGCCACCCCGUCCCCGAGAAAGUCUCCUUGUCAUAGUCCAGAUGAUAUGCCGAUUAUAGGAACAGUUGGGUCCUAUUGGCAUUUUGCUGAGGAUUCUGGCUCAGCUUCGUCCUUUAAAGGAAUUCCAAACACAACUAGCAAGUAUAGAGAGGAUAGGAAGGUGAAUUGGCACACAACUCCAUUUGAGACAAGGCUAGAGAAAGCAAUGAAUAGAGAUGAUGUUAGUGAGUCAUGUUAAUUUCUGCUCCUUUGGGAUAGGUGCUGGAAAAGCUGCUUCUACUUGUGUUCCCUGUGUAGCUUAGAAAAGUUUACAAUGAUGUUGCCUAUGAGAAUUAUAUUGUGUUUGGAGUGUAUUUUUUAAUUCUUUUGUAUGGAUGAGAUGUGAUGUAAUGUGUGAUUUGUUCUUGUAAUAUACUUGGCUUUAAAGGUACAAUUAUGGUAUUUGGAAAGACCAUAUUUUGAGGUUA